AUGAACACCGCCAAGAUGAUGACCGGAGACCGUUUCAUCCCCGACCGCAACGGUAUCAACUUUGACAUCUCCCACUUCAACCUCACCUCUUCGUCUUCCUCCAAGGAGAACGUGCAGCAGCAGCAGGUCCAGAUUGCGAGCCCGGCCAAGGAGCGCUUCCAGUCGUCGCUCUCCGACGCCAUGUUCGGCGGUGACGCGAGCGCGGUCAAGUCGACCAAGGUGCUGGCCUUCAAGCACAAGGCGCCCGCCGCGAGCGCUUCCUUCCAGAACCAGAUGCGCACCCUCUACUCCGCCAACAAGGCCGCCGCCAAGGGUACCGCCUCCACCUCCUCCACCUCCUCCACUCGCAGGCUGCCGUCGGUGGCGGACAAGGUGCUGGACGCGCCGGGCAUCAGGGACGACUACUACCUCAACCUGCUCGACUGGUCGGCGCAGAACACGCUCGCCGUGGCGCUCGACCGCAGCCUCUACCUGUGGAACGCCACCACGUCGGACAUCGACAUGCUCUUCGAGAUGCCCGACACCGACGCCGACGAUUACAUCACCUCGGUGUCGUGGAUGGCCGACGGCAACAUCCUCGCUGUUGGAACCAACAGCAACGAGGUGCAGCUGUGGGACGUGGCCAAGGGCCGGCAGGUGCGCACCAUGAAGGGCCACCAGGACCGCGUGUCGUCGCUGUCGUGGAACCGGGCCAUCGUGUCGAGCGGCUCGCGCGACACGACGAUCAUGCACCACGACGUGCGCCUCGCGCAGCACCAGAUCGCCGUGCUCGAGGGCCACACGCAGGAGGUGUGCGGCCUCAAGUGGAGCGAGGACGGCACGCAGCUGGCCUCGGGCGGCAACGACAACAUCCUCAACGUGUGGGACGAGGGCCGCACGGAGGCGCGCUUCAGGCUCGACCACCACACGUCGGCCGUCAAGGCCGUGGCCUGGUGCCCGUGGCAGGCGGGCCUGCUGGCCUCGGGCGGCGGCGCCGCCGACCGGUGCAUCAAGAUGUGGAACACGCGCAGCGGCGCGUGCGUCAACUCAGUCGACACCGGGUCGCAGGUGUGCGGACUCGUGUGGUCGCGCACGCACAAGGAGCUGGUGUCGUCGCACGGCUACUCGCAGAACCAGCUGGCCGUGUGGAAGUACCCGACCAUGGCCAAGGUGGGCGAGAUGCACGGGCACACGUCGCGCGUGCUCUUCAUGUCGCUCAGCCCCGACGGCCAGACCAUCGUCUCGGGCGCCGGCGACGAGCGCCUCCGCUUCUGGAACGUGUGGCCCACCGCCACCACCAAGGCCGCUUCGUCGACCGCCGCCGCCGCCGCCUCGGCCAAGAGCGAGGAGAAGGCCGCGGCUUCGUCGAGGAUGUACCACAUCCGUUAG